AAAAGUUCAUUCCUUUUCGAGUUGUGGCAUUUUUCAGGCGUGCGAAAAUUCCUCAGUUGUACAAGAAUUUUCCCCAAUGAUUUUAGCCACUUUAAAGUAGUGAAAAUAAGGCAGGAAAUCAAGUGAACAAAUUCGAAUAUUAUAAUCCAGAUCGAAUAGAGGCCACUUGAGCGGCGAGCACGCAACAUGGCGUGUCCUUUCUUCAGGCGAGCGGAUUCGCUGACACGUCAGCCCUCGGUCAUCGCCGAACCCGGUGGCCACUGGCCACUCGAGGACGAGGAGCUAUCGGACGACGCCCUGACCCUCAAGCACCUCCAGAUGGCCAUUCAGCUGCUAACGGCACCGUCGAACGAGGAUCUCAACACGGCAGUCACCUCGCUGGUGGCCAAGUACCGCCAGAACUGGCCCAACAUUCACAAACUAAAACUGGAUCCGCAAAUUUUCAAGAGCUGCGCCAACUAUGACUACUUGGCGGACAUUCAGGAGUUGCUUCUGAAGAUGGACGAGGCGAGUGCCAGCGAAAUCCUGGUGCUUCUGGGUGAGGAGCUAAUCACCUGUUGCUGCACGGGUAUAAUCGAAAGGGCCUUUCGCUGCCUGGGCACCGAUCUGCAGGAGUUUCUGGGCUCCCUCGAUGGGGUAUACGAUGUGCUGAAGCUGCAGGAGGAGGAUGUGACCGAUACUGGCUUUGUGUGUGCCGGCGAGGGAGAGCUGAUCUUCACCUCGGAGCGACCGGUGAUCGCCUGGCUGCUCCUGGGUUCCCUGAAGGCCCUCACCCGCAUGCUCUACAAGGUGGAUGUGAACAUCAAGAUCGAGCCCGUGGAGGGCGAUGCCCGUCGCUACCGCUAUCUCUUCUCGCUGGUCAAGGAUAACUCACAGACCCUGCUGAUGGGUCGUCCCAUUAAACCGAUUCCGGAAACCGUGCAGCGGAGCAACUCCAGCAAUGCCUCGGACCUGCAAAUGAACUCGUCCAGUUUCUGCAAGAUGUUCCCCUGGCACUUCAUCAUGAACGAGCAGCUGGAGCUGGUGCAAUUGGGCAGGGGAUUCAGCAAGCUGUACAAGCCGUAUAUGGCGGACUUCGGAUGCCAGGCGAGCACCUACUUCGAUUUCAAGCGUCCCAAGGGAUUGACCAUGAAGUUCCGGGACAUCGUGAGGCGCACCUACACGCCCUUCCUGAUCGGCUUGAAUAAUCCGCCAGGAGCCGUGGAUUUCCCGGCCAUAGGGCUGGAGAUCAAGGGUCAGAUGGUGCACUGUCCCGAGUCGAACUCGUUGCUGUUCAUUGGCUCGCCAUUUUUGGACGGCCUGGAUGGCCUGACCUGCAACGGACUCUUCAUCUCGGACAUCCCGCUGCACGACGCCACCAGGGAGGUGAUCUUGGUGGGCGAGCAGGCCAGGGCGCAGGAUGGAUUGCGGCGGCGCAUGGACAAGAUCAAGAACAGCAUCGAGGAGGCCAACUCGGCGGUGACCAAGGAGCGAAAGAAGAACGUCAGCCUGCUGCACCUCAUCUUCCCCGCCGAGAUAGCCGAGAAGUUGUGGCUGGGCUCAUCCAUCGACGCCAAGACCUAUCCGGACGUGACGAUCCUCUUCAGCGACAUCGUCGGCUUCACCAGCAUCUGCUCCAGGGCCACGCCCUUCAUGGUGAUCAGCAUGCUGGAGGGCCUGUACAAGGACUUCGACGAGUUCUGUGACUUCUUCGACGUGUACAAGGUGGAGACCAUCGGGGAUGCCUACUGCGUGGCCAGUGGCCUCCACCGCGCCUCCAAGUUCGAUGCCCACAAGGUGGCCUGGAUGGCCCUCAAGAUGAUCGAUGCCUGCUCGAAGCACAUCACCCACGACGGCGAGCAAAUCAAAAUGAGGAUCGGCCUGCACACGGGCACCGUCCUCGCGGGAGUGGUGGGCAGGAAGAUGCCCCGGUACUGCCUCUUUGGGCACAGCGUCACCAUCGCCAACAAGUUCGAGUCCGGCAGCGAGGCGCUCAAGAUCAACGUCAGUCCAACCACCAAGGACUGGCUUACCAAGCACGAUCGCUUUGAAUUUGACCUGCAGCCGCGGGAUCCCUCGUUCCUGCCCAAGGAGUUCCCCAAUCCGGGUGGAACCGAGACCUGCUACUUCCUGGAGAGCUUCCGAAAUCCGGCUUUGGACCGCGGACUGCCGCUGGUGGAGCACAUCGAUGUGGCCAUGAAGACCAUAUCGGAGGGCGGCGAUGCUUAGGUAGCUUGGGCAGCUCAGGAUCCCCGAUCCGUAACCCCAAACCUUCCAAUUGACCCCCACACGCUCAGUAGUCGUAGUUCGGUGCACUUGUAUUGUGGUUUUGCCUGUUGCCCUGCUUAGCCUAUAAAACAAUUAACUAUGGUUGCAUUCCAGCACAAUA